ACUUCGAUUACUGCUGCUACAACUAGUAGUUGCAUUAUAAUUGGUAGUGGUAGUAGUGGUAGUGGUGUUUUCAAUAUCGAUGAUAGGAGAGUGGCGGCUGCCGGUCGGCCAGUGUAAGGGCGGAGGGAGAGAGAGUGACGGGGUACAACCUGAUAAUGAUGCACGUUCUCAUUGGCUCACACUGAGUUUCUUUAGAACAGUUUUCCUCCCUUCGAUGCAUUCUCGUGAGGUAUUUAUUGAGGUCAUUGCUACUGUUGUCAUUCAUUCAAUUAUUGAUUCCUGUCGUCUUCUUCGUCAUCGUCGACCUCUUGCUGCUGCUACUGCUGCUACUACUAUUACUACUACUACUACUGCUGGGGAGAACUGUACUUAGUCGCCGUUCGUUGCCUUAAAAUUGCAGCCGUAGAUUUACCACGGGAUAAAUUUUACCAAAUGCAGAUUACAAAAGGAGAUACAAUUAUGGAUUCGCAAAUCAUACAACAAAAUGGUGGGAACCAUUCGCCAAUAUCCACUGGUACACAGAUGGAUGAUAGAGAUAAUGUAAGCAAGACAAAUUUAAUUGUGAACUACCUUCCACAAACUAUGACUCAGGAGGAAAUACGUUCGCUGUUUGCUAGCAUUGGAGAAGUUGAAAGCUGUAAAUUGAUUAGAGAUAAACCAACAGACCACAGCAGAAUGGAACUAAAAAUAUAUGAUCUAAAACUAAAGUUGUAUGCAGUACAGAAAGUAGCCAAAUCCUAUCCAACCUGA